AUGGGAGGCGCCGAUGAUAUUGUGAGCAAGAAUCUAGCCAGUAUGUGCGCCGGCAACGGGGACUUCGGUACGGCCCAGCAGCGAUGCAACAUAACUGGAUAUGAUGGUGUGAACUAUGGUGUUCUGGAGUGGGUAGAUGCCCCUUGGCCAAUAAUUCUGCAGAGGUGUUUAACCAAGCUGUGGGAUAUGUAUCAUGAGGAGAACCUUGGUAGAGUCCAAGACAAAGAAGCUCAUGAGAUAGAGGUUGAGAAACUGAAGAAGGAGCUGGAUUCUCUUGCCAAUCAGUAUAGUCAGCUUGUGGAUGAUGUAUCCAAGCUGUUUGAUUACCAGGAUGGGCAGAAAUCCCAUGACAUGGAUUACACAAGCCAAGCAAUCAAUGAACUUAAGGAGAAGAAGCAUCAGCUUGAGGAGCAGGCAAAGAUUGAGGUUCAAAUGGAGAAGCUUAAGCUGAAGAAAGAACAGAGGUGCAUCCUGCAGAGUCAAGCUGAUAUCAUUCAAAACACCAGGAAGGCCAUGAAGGAGAUACAAGUGGAGAGAGACCUCCUUAAAGAAGAAAAGAAGAAGCUGGAGCAUGUCAUUUCUGAGCUACUGAAGGUUGGUCAUGGGUGCAAGGAAAAGCUGGACAAGAUCAAACAAGUUGUCAUGGAGGAGUGA